CGAGUACAAAUUUAAACUUUAAUACAUAAACGGCUGGUGAGCCACUCUGGUUUGUCUUACGUGACCGAAAGGACACAAAUGGAUUUCUUGCCAAGUGAGGAAGAUUUCUCUUUAUCAUCGCUUGAAUCAUCUCAAGCGUCGUCAGUGGAUCUCGAUAAUGACACGCCGCUCGUCUUCCUGAGCAUUGGGACACAUGGGCUGUUUAAUUACGACACGAAUCACGUGCCAGAGCUCUCCCAGAUCAGCCUGGUAUAUCAGAAAAAUGAAUUUUUUAGGUCUGUUUCUCGAGAGACUAAGGCAAAGGAUGACAAGGAAUUGAAGGAAUGUCUUAUGGAUUUGAUCCAAUGGCUGAAUGAGGUGAAAAAAUCGGCUGACGGACGAAAAGCCAUCUUGCUGGCCCAUAACGGCUAUCGUUCUCACUUUAAAGUGCUUUGCCUGAGUUUAGAGAGAUGUGGCCUCAUUGAAGAAUCAUUUGAUGUCAUCGGCGGGUUCUCAGACACCCUGGACAUGGCUCAGAAAUUUAUUUCACGUGAGCGUGUCAAGAACUACCAGCUGAUCACUCUCGCCGAGGUCUUCUUAGGAUGUGACCCACCUAGCAAUGCAAGAGCAAAAGCGCGUGCACUUCAGAAGAUUUUCGAGGGGCAGCUUGCUAAGGAUUUUAGCGAGGAAGAGGUGUAUACGUUCCAUAACUUUUUAGAAUCCAACAUUUAAAGCAACUAUAAUUGAACUUUGUGAUGUUACAUUAAUUAAUUCACACACACAGCAUUCAGACAUGCAUACAUAUACAUUUCGCCCUUUAGUUCCAUGCGUUGUGUUGUGGCUUCUUGUAUUUCAUAAUAUUAGUACGAUCAAGGAUUCACAAAAUAUUGAAAAUAAUUUCAAACAAUCGUCUGAAAUCCUUACCCUCACCAAAAUUUUAAGCCACUCCCCAUGGCUCAAAAGGAAUUUUGCAGAGGACUUUUUCCCAUCUUCCCCCUAUAACCCCAGUUGUUGAUUUUCUUGUAAAACUGCUGUGAACGUAACUGCUUCUAAUAAGUUCGUAUUGAUUUACUGUCAUUGCGUAUUUAUAUUUUUAUUACAUAGUUAUUUUGCAUCUGUGUUGUGGUUGGUAAAAGCACAUGACGAUCAAAUAGGAUCAUUGCUAAUUAAAAACUUCAAAGACAAAA